UUCGGCAGUGCGGUUACCACGAGAGAAGGCGGUCUUCCGCUUGUUGUGAAAGGGGUUGCUUGUGUGGCUGGUAGUGAAGUCGGCGGGUUGUAUGUAAAAGAAUAGCAUUGUUUCUUGACCCAAGGAGGUCUUUGUGUUUUAACUGACGAGCCGAACAAAGGAGCAUUUUUUUCGGGCGCGGUCUGGAAAGGCCAGGCGUGUAGUGUCGUGGAGUGGAAGCGGUUCCUUGAGGCGCCAUGCUGGUGACGGUGUACUGUGUGCCGAAAGACCAUCAAGAGAUCACCUUCUCCCUUGAGGUGUCGUCCGAACUGGAGCUUCGGGAUUUCCUUGCUUUGUGUGAGCUGGAGUCGGGCAUCCCAGUCUCGGAAAUACAGAUAACGUUUGUGGAGCAGCCUCUAACAGAUCCCAAGCUUCCCCUUGCCUCAUAUGGGCUGAAAGAUGGUGACAUGGUGGUGCUUCGGCAAGCCGAAAGACGAUCUCCAAGUCAGCCUCCGCCUCAGCCUCCAGUUCCAGGUCUGCCUCGAAUUGAUUUCAGCACCAUAGCUGUACCUGGUAUGUCCAGUCAGCAGCAGCAUCAGCAGCAACAGCAGCAGCCAACACCCCGGCCACAACCCCCCCGGGCUCCUCCGCCAAUGCCUGCUGCUACUUCUGGCUCUAGUCCUGCUUCCUCUCCUCAAGGACUGGAUGACCCUGCACUUCUACGGGAAAUGCUACUUGCUAACCCUCAUGAGCUGUCCUUGCUGAAGGAAAGAAACCCACCUCUUGCAGAGGCUCUGCUCAGUGGAGACAUAGAGAGGUUUACAAAGGUGCUUCUCGAGCAACAGCAAGAAAGAGCACGGAGAGAACAGGAGAGGAUUCGGUUACUCACGGCAGACCCAUUUGAUUUGGAGGCGCAGGCAAAGAUUGAGGAGGAUAUCAGACAACAUAAUAUUGAAGAGAACAUGACUAUAGCGAUGGAAGAGGCUCCAGAGAGCUUUGGUCAGGUUGUGAUGCUGUACAUUAAUUGUAAAGUCAACGGUCACCCCGUUAAAGCAUUUGUGGACUCUGGUGCUCAGAUGACCAUUAUGAGCCAGGCUUGCGCUGAACGAUGUAACAUUAUGCGCUUAGUUGACAGGCGGUGGGCAGGAAUUGCUAAGGGAGUGGGCACUCAGAAGAUCAUUGGUCGGGUUCAUUUAGCUCAGGUGCAGAUUGAAGGGGAUUUCCUGCCAUGUUCUUUCUCAAUUUUAGAAGAUCAGCCCAUGGAUAUGCUGCUUGGACUUGAUAUGCUGAAGCGACAUCAGUGCUCGGUGGACCUCAAGAAGAAUGUACUGGUAAUAGGUACUACAGGAACAGAAACACGGUUCUUGCCGGAGGCCGAGUUGCCAGAGUGUGCCCGUCUGGCUUAUGGAGCAGGUAGAGAAGAUAUUCAACCCAGUGAAAUUGCUGACCGUGAGUUGGCUGAAGCCUUGCAAAGAUCUGUUCAGGAGUCGGAAAUUGAUGGAAAUACUACCUCACCAGAAUUUCCACCCCUGAGCAGAGACUCUUCGGGUUCCUAUCUCCAUGUGCCACAGCCCCAUGGCCAAGGCCUUCAAAAUCCACUGGCAGACACAGCCUCCUUUUUUCCAGAUAAAUCAUCGCUGGUCAGCAACCCCACACCACAGGUGACAGCAAGCAAUUCCAUAGAAGAUCAUUGCCAACUUUAUCUUGGGGAUGCAGACCUUGGGCAGCAGCACACAAGCCAGGAAGAGAGUAAUAGUUUGGUUAAUCUAGACAGCAGUCUAAAUGAGCAGCUUGCAAACUCCAGUAAAAUACCGGACAUCAUACAGAAUGAGUUUUCAAAGUCCCCAACUCCUGACCCUGAGAUAAUAGAAAUGGAAGAAAUUCCUGUAUUAGAUGACAGCUUCUCCAAAUGUUUACAACCAUCAUUUGAAGGUGUCAGUGGCUUUCCUUCGGGAAAGGUAGAUUUAGACGUAGCUAGGAAGCAUUCCCUCAGUCUUGAUUCCUGUGAAAUAUCCUGCAGUGAAGUAGCUGCAGACUCGCCUAAUGACCCUUCUGCUCUUAAUCCCUUGGGAGAAACGGCACUGGAAAACUUGUCCUCGGGUACAGAAUCGCAUAAUAAUAUGCUUAUGCAAAGUGAUUUGAGUUCUGAUAAUGAAGUAAUGCAGACAGAGGUUGCAGGAAAUUCUCUAAUUACAGAAUCUACUGCUUUUCAUCAUUUUGAAAUGGAAACCCAAGAUAUGUGUGAUCAGACAGCAGGAAACAUUUCUGUAUCAGUGCUCAGUGAUAUUAAAAGGGAUCCUGACAGCGCAUUAAUAGAAUUGGAAUGUCCCACAAUGGAACUUGAUGAGGUAAGACCCGAGCUGCUAAUCCCCGACACUACUUCAGUUGAGUUACUUAGAGGUGAUUUAAUUGUGCAAAAAGGAUGGCUGGAAAAAAGUGAUGGAAACUUGACAGAGCUAGCAACAAGACCUGCACAGGUACAGCCAGAGAAUCAUCCUCUCCCUGAGCCAAGUCCACCUUUAGCUGCUGCUUUGUUAGAACUUCAUGAGCUUUUGAUUGGUAGCAGCAAGGGAGCCUCUGACUCCUUGACACCUAAUACAGAAUCAACUUUCCAAAAUGAAAGUACGGAGGAUAUGAAUCAAAUCAUAGCCAGCUCUUCACCGAGCUCAUCAGACAUGGAUAAUACAGUCAUUGCCUUGGUUGAUGGAGACUUUGCCAAAGCUGAUCAUUGUGAAACGCCUCCUUUCCAUUCUGGAGGGACAGAUUUCAUAGAAACUGAAUCUCUUCAUAGAAAUGAAUUUGAACAGGUACAAAAUAUGGACAUGCUAAAUGUACAAACUGAUGUUCAGUCCAACCUAGACCUUGAAAUCCAAAACAAAGAGAAUUUUCAAGGUCCACCACAACCAGAGGACUGUAGUAACGUACUGUCAACAGAAGGGCAGGAAGGGGCAAAAGAUACCACACAGGCUGAUUUAGAAACCAAGUGUGACAUCCAUACGGAAGUGCCAUUAAACCUUGAUAUGGGCUGCCAAGAUGUUUGCUUUCCUCUUCAAGAUGAUGCCUUAAGCCCUUCUACCAGUUGUAUACCAGAGAGGUCCACUGGUUCUCCUCUUGCCUUGCCAUCCAUCCACAUUGAGAUGAUCACAAGUGCUGGCUUUACUACUCGAGAAGCCAUUGAGGCUCUCCACCAGUUUCCAGGCAACCCUGAGCUAGCCCUCCUCGUUCUGUUGGCCAGAAAAAUCAUUGUCCCAUCUUAAGUUGCUUCUAACUAGAACCUCUCUAGCAGCCUCACUUGGGCUUCAAGCCAGUAUUUCUGUAAAGAACACUGCAUGUGUAUGACCUCCACCUCUGCAUGGAGCUGCCCCUUCAUACUGACAAUCAGACGCGCCAUAGAGGACAAGGGUCAGGCCUGCCAUCGUGGAUCAAGGUAACUUCAGGUUAAGUGCUGUUUAGCUGCAGAAGUUGUCCCUGAUUGUGUUUGGUUUUUUUUUGUUUUUUUUUUUUGAUACUGCUGACUUUCCUAAGUAGGACACUGUCGGCUCAGUCUCAUUGCUUUGAACAAAAGAAUUGGCAACAUCAAUGUCGGCUCACCCCAUUGUUUUGGAAGAACAGAAGUUCUUCAGAUAGAACCUGAGGGAGAGUGGUGCUGCUGUUGUAGACAUAGUGUUGGUCAUCCAGGAAAGACAUGGAGAAUUCAAACUUUGUGACCGCAAAUCUUUCCAAAUGGCCAAAACAAACUGCGUGUCUAACCAAGGCUUUACCUCAGUUUAGGGUUUUUUGUGGUUUUGCUUUUUAUUUGUGCCCAUGACAACAUGGCCUCAGGUGGCUCUUUAUAUAAAGAAAAAGAAAAUGAAUUGGAUAUAUUUAUCAUUGCCUAAUCCAGCCUUUUAUUCAUUUUUUAAGUAUUGAUUAUAAGCAAAUGAAAUUCAGGUCAUUUUAAUCCUCCCAACGGUCUUGUAUACACAGUAGAAUAAAAAUGCUUCUUUAUA